AUGACUGAAACAAGCCAGUGUCAAACUGAUUUUCCUUCAAAUAUUGCGCUCUCCCCUGUCAUCACCAUGUCGCAAACUCCACCAACCACCGCGCAACCUCCCUCCGACAAUAAAACCUCACAGGCACAAUCACCUAUCGAUCCACGCAUCAUGGAGCAAGAUUUGGCAUUGGAAGAGCAUGGAUGCGGUGGCUUCGAUCCCGAUGGACAUUAUCAAAAUGCAUACAUGAACAUUAGUAAAGCCGCAACUGGUGUCGUCAACGCUUCAACCAAACACUCCAAUACUGUUAAUUCUGAGGGCUCACCUGCUGGUCGGAAGACUGGUCGCAAUGCGAAUAAAUCGAAAAUCAGUGAUGGAGAAGGCCGUCGUUUAAUGGGCCAGUUCCAACAGCACAAUGAAAAUGGCAACGAGGGUCAUGACAACAUUACCGGACGUGUCAGAGUAGAUCCCCGCCACUAUUCCUACCCUUUUGAAGAUCAGAGCGAUGACGGAUAUCUUAACUCAACGCAUCCUUCUGAGAUGAUCCGCGGCUGCGAAGGUAGUAUCAGUGAUUUUGAUAGUCCAUCUGCGAGUCGAAAUGAUCGUCGUAUUGCCAAUCGAUUCCUACAGGAACAGCGCAAUGGCAGAAACGAACGCAACAUUCGGGAUCAGUCUCGGCCAAACGGUGAUAGUGGCGAUGAUUUCGCCAAAAUGGAUGAUACCCAUGAAAAUGACAGUUACGGCCCCCGUCAAUUUCAGCGAGCCACAAUUACAUCAGGUCUUCCAAAGCCUCCCUUCCCUAUUUUUCCAACUACUCCUGCUGUCAAAGGUCGAGUUGUCAAGCAAACUUUGCGACGCGCUCACGGACCAUUUGCCGAAGUGAGUGACAACGAGGGUGCAACUCUUGAAACUUCCGACUACCAAGAUAGUAACAUGGAUGAGGAUGAAUACUAUGAGCAGGCUAGAUAUCAUCAGGAUGAAAGUCCUGAUUAUGAUACAUCCAUGGCCGAAGUUGAGGAAUACGAUGGGGAUGAAGACGAGUACAUGUUUGUUUCAGAGCCUGGUUCUCGCCGUCCAAAUCGUGUCGAAAAAAAUCGUGCUUGUGUUCUACAUUCUUCAAAUAUACGACAAACCACAAACGCCACGGUAUCCAAGGGUGCUCUUCAUUCCCACCCAGCCAUGGCCCGACGUGGUAGAGAUUCAGGCAAGCCUCGCAUCUUUUUUAAUAAUCCAGGUGAGGAUUUGGCUCCAUCAAGAUACUCUGGAGCUACUAUGCCGUGGGUCUCGGAUGCACAUCUCAAGAAGAGAGGUCUCCGACGUCCUCCACCGGGAGAAAAGGUUGGCAAGAGAAGCUAUGGUGCAAAUGAUCCGGAGAACGUUGCCAUUGUCAACAUGAAAGAGAACGAGGGCAAAUCCUUCGCUGAGAUCGCCGAGCUUCUCAACGCAAAGCGGGUAUCGGCCGGAAAAAAACCAGGUCUUACCGUCUGUGGUGUCAACGGACGCUACAACCGUACCGCGCCUAUUCUAUUCGCCACACAGGGUCUCAAAUUUGUUCCUCUGAGUGAACGUAGAAAGGCCAGCGGUGCUGCAAAACACGGAUCGUCAACUAGCAAAGCCGGGUGGACUGCCGAAGCUGAGGAUAGAUUGGUCGAUAUCGUGAAGCAAGUCGAGGCUGAGAAAUGGACAAAUGUUGCACGGAAAUUGAACUUGGAUCUUUACAAUGGCCAGGUUGUGCAUGAUGCUACUGCUUGUGCCAAGCGCUAUGCAGCAAUCUAA